CACUCGUUCUCCGUCGAAGUUACUUCGACGUCGCGUCGCGCCCACCGAUGACGUACGAUAAUCGUCUCUUUACUACUUAAAAUAAGCGUUUAUUAUAACUUUCGUUGAUAGACUCAGUUGCUAGUCACAAACAUACGUCGUAGCGAGUGUUUUAUUAAAUAUCUAGUCUAUAUAUCGUACGAAACAUAGUGAAGUUAAGUGUUUUUUAUUCCAAUUAUAGAGGAUUGUGUCAACUGGUACUUGAAGAUUAAAAAUGGAAGAUUUAAAUUCUGGUAAAGGUAUUCAAGUGUUAGUACCCGGUCCUGAUCACAAAUUCACGCUCAACGAGGAGGCCUUGGAGAAACUCCUGCUCAGAGAUGACAUCAAAGACUGUCCAAUCGUAAUCAUCUCGGUCGCCGGCGCCUUCCGCAAGGGAAAAUCAUUCCUUCUUAGCUUCUUCUUACGAUAUAUGCACAACAAGUAUAAUUUAAGUGAUGGCGGUUCAAAGUGGCUGGGAAACGCGGAUGAACCCUUGCAAGGUUUCAGCUGGCGCGGCGGCUCCGAGCGACACACAACAGGGCUGUUGCUCUGGUCACAGCCUUUCAUAGCGACACUGGAGAAUGGAGACAAGGUAGUGAUUUAUUUAAUGGAUACGCAAGGCACCUUCGACAGCGAGUCAACUGUUAAAGAUAAUGCUACAGUCUUCGCUCUUUCAACCAUGCUGUCCUCCGUCCAGAUAUAUAACCUCUCACAGAACAUAGAAGAGGACGACUUGCAGCAUUUACAGCUGUUUACAGACUACGGCCGGUUGGCGCUUGAGACUAGUAGUGGCAAGCCGUUCCAACGGCUGCAGCUGCUGGUGCGUGACUGGAGUUUCCCGUACGACUAUCCCUACGGCGAAAAGGGCGGUCAACAGCUGCUGGAAAAACGACUUGCGAUACGCGAAGAACAACACCAUGAGUUGCAGUCGCUGAGGCAUCACAUCGCCAGCUGUUUCGAGGAACUCAAGUGCUUCCUGAUGCCUCACCCCGGCCUGACCGUCGCAACUAACCCUAAUUUCAAAGGAAACCUUUCUGAUAUAAGUGAAGAGUUCAAGCAGGCUCUCAAAGAAUUCAUACCCAUGCUGGUCGCUCCCGAAAACCUAAUCGUUAAAAAGAUCGCUGGACAGAAGGUGAAAGCGAAGGACCUCCUGCUCUACUUAAAGUCCUACAUGAAUAUCUUCAACGGAUCCACCUUGCCGGAACCGAAAACGAUUUUGGAGGCAACGGCGGAAGCGAACAACCUGUCCGCCGUGGCCGAAGCGAGGGAGGUGUACGAGACUCUGAUGGAGGAGGUGGCUGGCGGAGCGAAGCCCUACAUGCAGCCGUCGCUGCUGCAGCAGGAGCACCGGCGCGCCAGAGACAAAGCGCUGCACGCCUUCCGCUCCAAGAAGAAGAUGGGGGGCGAUGCAUUCAGCGAGAAUUAUGGCGAGAAGUUGUUCAAGGAGCUGGAGGAGCAGUACGAGCAGUACCGCCUGCGCAACGACGACAAGAACGUGCUGCGGCGGGCGGGCACGGCGCUGGUGCUGCUGGCGCUGGCGCUGGCGGCGUGGCUGCUGGCGGCGGCGGCGCAGGCGCUGGGCCUGGCCGCGCUGCACUCGCUGGCCUCCGCGCUCGCCCUCGCCGCCGGCGCCGCGCUGCUGCUGUGGGCCUACUCCAGGCUCACCGGCAACUUUGGGGAGCUGGCGCAGAUGUUGGACGAAAAAACGGCUGUCGUCAUACAAAUGUUCGGCGGCGCGGUCGCGCGGCAGGCGGCGGCGGCGGCGCUCGGCUGCGGCGCAGACAAAAAGACAACGUAGCAACGUCGCUGUUUAUUUUCAUUUUUUUAUUUGCACAUGAAAAGUUAUAUUUUUAAUAUAAUCAUUAAGAAUAUUAAUAAUAAUUGCCAAUUUUUUCUAAAUAAAUAGU